AUGAGGAAGACCGAGAGCGAGCCAGGUGAAGGAGGGAGAGAAGAAGAGGAGAGGGCCUCGGAGGAGCGCUCAGGACACAGAGCGCUCCUCCGAGAAGAAGACCAAGACGAAGAAGAUGACUGCGAUGAGGUGGCAAAGGCAGAGGGGCUGCAGCUGAGGCGAACAGCCUUUGGCUUCGAGCAGCGAAGCGUCUUUCGGCAUCUCGAUCGCCGUCAUGAGGAGAUCGACGACGCUGUUUUUCUGCCGGCUGCCUUUGACGCGCCCGCGCAGAGCCACCCGCAUCCGAUCCAGGUCUUCUACAGUCCGCUCGCCAGCCGCCGUGCCGCGGAAGUCGGGGUGAACGCCGAGUCCUCGAGGCAGAAUCUGCUCCCCCGAUACGACGGAGAGGCGCAGCAGGCGGCGCCGGCGCGCGGCUUUCUCGUGGAGCAGUGCGGGGAAACGGCCAUGGUGAGCGCGUUGAUCGUCGGCGACCAGAAUGCAGGAAAAAGCACCUUUUUGCAUGCGUUUUGUCGAGAGCGUCUCGGCGGGCGAUUUCUGCAGCUCACGUCCUUCUUGCCUUUCAUUCAGGCUUCCUUCUCCAACGCGCGCCUCGCGUUCCUGAGCGACGCGCAGGGGGGCAGGAAACGCGCCACUCGCGGAAGCGAAGAGGCGAGCAGGGAGCGAGGAAACCACGAAGGGGACGAAACGGCGGAAGACAUUCAACGAGAGGACAUCGAAACCCCCGAGAGAGAUGAACGAAUUGAAGCCGAUACACGUGAAAACCGCAGCCAGGGGGAGCAUGAGCGGUGUUCUUCCUCCUCCUCAUCGGCGUCGGACUCGUCCUCACCCUCAUCUUCUCUCUUGCUUUCUUUCUGUCGGGACGAGCGCCCCUUCCUGGACAGUGACGUCGCGCGAAGUCUCCUUCUCUUCACGCUCGAGGAUUUUCUUUUUUUCUGCUCAGAGUUUUCGAUUCCGGUCUACGAGAAGGAAGCGCCUGGCGCUUCCUUCUCGGCAGCGCCUCGCGCUCCCGGCUUCCUCUUCUCCGCGUGGACGCGCUACGUCGCGCUUCAUCUCCUAGAGCUCGGCGGCGAUCACUUGGACCGGCUGGUGCACUUCCUCGACAUCCUCGAGGCCAAGCGACUCCGCCGCCGCGACUCUUCUUUCUCGCCCUCCUCCGCCUCGUUGCCAGCCUCUUCUUCCAGUUCUUCGCCGCGCUCCGCGGCGCCGUCGCCCGCUCUCUGCGACCCCCACUGCGCUUUUCGACCUGAGACGCCUUCGUCCUCCUCUGAUUCUUCAUCGUCUCUUGCUUCUUCGGUGUCUCCUCCGACUGUCUCCUCGCAGGACGCGAGGGCGCGCGCGCCGGCCGCGGGGGAGUGCCGGCUGCGAGAACGGCGAGGGAGAAAGCGCGCGGCAGCCGCGCCCGCGCAGAGAGAUGAGGCUGUAGAAGUUGCGCAGCUUCUGCUGCGAGAAGAGCGACGGCACUGCGAGAAACUGGUCGCGGAAAAACGCUCCGCGGAGCCGUUCCGAGUCAGUCACGCGCGGUGCCUAGCGCGGGCCGGGGGCGGGGGCGGAGACCGAGCGGCUAGCGGCCGUCUAAGAGACGCAAAAGAAGACGCGAAAAGCGGCGCGGAAACCGGUGAAGGAAUUCCAAGAAAUCAUAUGGGUUGGAGGCAAGGAGACCGUGACGGAGACCCCGAAGCGGACGAGCGCGAUGCGCGGGAGCUUUUGAGGGUGCUGCAGCGCUCGGUGCAGCUCGUUGGCGACGCUGAGCAAGUCGUCUACUUUGUAAACUGCCAGAGUCUCUUCUCGGAGCACCCGGGCAACACCGAGGACGAGGUCCUCAAAACAGAAGGCGGAGAAGAACGAGGUCAACGGGCUGCUGUAUGUGGAGGCGACGAGGCGCGCAAGAGAGUGUCUCGAAGCGGCGAAACCUCUUGCGCAGCUCUUCGCUCGCCUCUGAGCGAGCCGCUGUCGUCGUCGCCUCAGGUUUCGUCUCCGAGUGGCCUUUCUCUUCUUCCCUCUUCGAGCUCGGCCUCCUCGCAGUCGGAAGAGUUCUCUUUUCCGCUGCUAAGCGUCGAUGCCCUCGUGGCGCUGCUGCGGAGACUGCAGGCCCUCGCUUCAGUCAGGAGUUUGUCGGGCUCAUCUUCAGCGUUUCUGCCUUCUUCGCCUUCUUCGCGGGGCCAGGGUCUCCUCUUCGCCUGCAACCGCCUGCCUGAGGUGCGGACGGCGAGCAACGCGCUGCCUCGCCCUGCGCCGCCUUCUCUCUCUGAGUCAGCUGGUCUUUUCCCGCCUUCUUUCACCGCGCCGGCGUCUUCCGCGGAGUUUCUUUGGUUCCGUGCGAACUUCUGGCGAGCUAUGCGGGCGGUGCGGGGCGUCGCCCGCCCUCGGGCGCGCGAUGCACGGGGCGUGAGCCAGAGAGAAGAACGAGAAGAAGCGGAGACUGACGCCGCCACCGACGGUGGCAAAGCCGCCCUGAACGCUCUCGAGACAGACGAGGAGCUUUACGCGCAGUUCGAGGGCGUCCUGCGCGGCCUACGGCGCAGAGGCUGCGGCAGCAGCCGUGACGGCGCGGGCCUGCACGCAGAGAGCGGCGACGCGAAGCAACGAAGAGAGAGCUCAGCAGAAGACCAAGAAGAAGAGGAAGAAGACGAAGAAGAGAGGGAUUGGAAGCCUUUCGAGGAAGAUGAGACGACAGGGGAGUCGUGGGUAUGUGAGAAAAAGCAGGAGGAGCGGCGUCUGCGCGAGCAUCCCGUCUUUCGCUUUCUUGCUGCGUUCUUUUCCUUCCUCUGGUCGUCGGGUUGUUCGGUCUCUCUUCCCGCCUCCUCCCGGCGGCUGGCGAGGACCGCCGCAUGCGGUGCAUUUCCCUCGUUUCUUUCUUUCUUUGAGCUGCGAGGCGUCAUUCCUCUUCAGCUUAUCUCGGAGGAGAAAGAGGACGCGUCCUCCGCUCCCGGAGUGCCGGCGAGCAGUCUUCCGCCCUUCUCCGUGGCCUGUCUGGUCAGGUUCCUCGUGUUCCUUCUGCGGCGAGUCUGCGAGCGAGGCGCGGCUCUCGAGCUGAAUCAGUCGAGAAACGCCUCCUUCCCCUCUUCGCCCUCGGCAGCCCCGCCUGCUGUCUCCGCCUCACCUGCGCUCGCGGACGUCGCCGGCGACGCGCAGGACGCGGAAUCGCGGCUUCGCUCUGCGGCGCCGGAAAAGCCCGAGGAGGCGGAAAUCACGCACGUCGGAGAAGACGAAAAAGCAGAAGCAGAGAGAGAGUGCGGCGGACUGGGCAUGCAGCAGCACGUGGGACGCCUGGUGACGGGGGAGGCAGGCCGCCUCGCUCUGCUCGGCUUCCUCAGAGUGGCUGCACAGCUGCGGAGAGGCGCGGUCGCGGGAAGACGCCCACCGAUCCCCUCGUCUUCGGCGUCUCCUCUGCUUCACCUCUGGAUUUCAGGAGUUGACGUCGUGGAGAUCCUCGACGGUGGAGACGCGCACCGUGACCAACCCCACGCGUCUCCGCCUGAGUGCAGGGCGCGCAGCUGCAGAGGCUCUCUAGCCGAAACUGACCUCGCUUCUGGCGACGGAGAGGAAGAUGGCGACGCAGACUUCCUGCCCGCGACAACUGUCUCCACGGCGUUUCCUCUCGUCGCGCGGGGGCUUGUGAAGCUCUCAGCCGCCUCGCCGUUCUCCCCGCUCUCCGCGCCCUUCCCGCCAGUCGCGCUCGAACUCCGCUGGGGAGGGGAGGCUCAGGCCGUCGCAGCAGGAAACGGCGAAGGCGAUGGAGCGCUCAAAAGCGAACGCCUACGCAGCCCCUUACGAUCUCUCGUCUUCAUCCCCUUUCCGCGCGGCGGGUGUUCGCCUCUGGAUCCGCGCGCGAGUUCGCUGGAGCCCUCCGUCUCUCAGUCUCCUCUUUCUCGUCUUCUCGCCUCCGGAUCGCGGUCGCCGCCAUUUUCGGGGUUGGCUGGUCUCUCGCAGGGCAGUUUCGCCGCAGUUCGUCUCCCUUUCCACGAGACUUUUUUCGGUUUCCUCCUAGCGGAGCUCCGCGGCCUCGCGCGCGCAGGCCCGCUGCCUCGCGGCUUCUGGGAAAGGAACGCGCGCGCCGGUGACCGAAAAGCAAAAAACUUCAAGAGGAACGAAACGCCGCCGCUGAGGCUGCGAGGUGGAAAGCUUCGCCGAAGCCAAGCCCACAGCGAAGCCGAAGGAGGGACGGAUGCGCUGCGCGAGGGAGAAGAAGAGGGAGAGAGAGGCGACGGAGGCGGGGUAAACGCAGAAGAGGAGGAAGGGACAGAAAGGAGAAAGAGGACAGAAGAUCAACGACCGAAUGAAGAGAAAACAGGCCAAGGAGGCACGUGCCUUGGAGUUGGUCCUGCUCGUAGUGGAGCGGAGCUCAAAGACCGCAACGCUGAACCUAGAGAGAGAGAGGAAGAGCAAGAAGAAGAAGUUAGCAUAGGAUGUUUGAAUGCCAGCUCUCUGUCGAGCGACUCGGGUGCGUGGCGCGGCGAGGGCGCCGACGCAGUUCGGCAAGCUCUCGAGCACGCCGUGCAGAAGCAGCUUCUCCGCCUGGAUAGCAGCUUCUCUCUUCUUUUUUCUGGAAAAAAUGCGGAAGCAGGCGCUGUCAAUGACUGUGGAACGGUUCGAGGCUCGACGGGCGCUUUCGCAGGCGACCGUGAGUGUCUCAGCCUGAAAAAACAGACGACGUUUGCUCUGGAAAGGCUGAAUAGCCGCGGAGAGAGAGAAGGAGCACCACGUGCGGAGGCGCUGUGGAAGGGGCGCCGAAGCGAAGAAGGAGAGGACAGGAAGCCCGCGAGAGAUGACGAGAAGCCAAGAGAGAGGACAGCCGCCUCCGCGCUUCUUGAGACGAUCUGCGCCGAUGCACACGUCUUGAUGCAACUCGCGGGAGACCUCGCUCUACUGAGAAAUGAAGACGCGCGCAAAGGUCUCAGCGAAGCCGCGCAGGGCGACAGGCGAGGGGAGAAGCGAGACGGCGGAGCCGCGCCGGAGAGGUGGGGUGAAAACAUUUCUCUCGCGUGGAGCGUCGAACGAUGGCAGCCGAGUGGCGUGGUGGAUCCUGUUUGGAAGAAAGUCACGAUGUCUCUUUCUCUUCGUCGCAGCAGCGGGUGGGACAGGCAGGCUUGCGAGGAAGAUGCUCGCGAAGACGGGGAUCGAGAGCUGAAAGGCCUGCCAGAAUUCCAGACACUGUCGCAGCGGGGCGAGGAGAAGAAGGCGGAGAAGGUUCCAGCGCAGGCUUCAGACCACGACACGCCGAGCGAAGUUUCCCGCGCGGGGUUCCGCGGAUUCGACAGUCUCUGGAGAGCGCUAGGGGUGCACAUGCAUCGACGCGGCGACGGCAGUUUGAGAAGAUAUAGAAGUGCGCCAAGGAAGGACGCGCAGACUCUCCCUGCCGCCGUGCGCGGUGCUGACGACGCUUUCCCCACCAGCGAUGCGCGCGGAGCGACGAGGGUGGAAGAGAGCGCAGAGAGAGCUGAAGAGCGCAGGCGAGAGGCAGACAGAAAGGGAAACUUAGAGAAAGACACCUGCUGCGAAGAGAGAGACGAUGGAGAUCCGGAGGCAGGCGACAGAAGUCGAGGCCGCGGACGCGAGGAGGCACGCGAAUCUGCGCACGCCGCGCUGGUGGCAGAGGAGCUGAGGGAGAAAGAGAACCUCUGGAUGAUUCGUUUGGGGUAG